CCGAACCACACGAGAGAGAGAGAGAGAGAGAGAGAGAGAGAGAAAGAGAGAGAGAGAGAGGAGCUCGUAUACGAGCCUGAAAUUUCUUCUUCGCCUUUAGCAUUCAUGGAGUUUGAAUUACCGACGGUGAUUUAUCAGAACUAUCAUCUUCUUGUUUCCGCCGUUGCUUUGAUAUUAGGCUUUGCUUUGUUGUACGGUUUGAGGUCGAAUGUGAAAGCGCGUCGUAAAUCGGAGGAGAUUGGGAGGAAAUAUAGUAAGAGCUCCGGCAACGAUGGAUUGCCGGUGCCGAAGACUGAUGAAAGCACUGACGUCAUUAUUGUUGGAGCCGGUGUUGCUGGUGCUGCUCUUGCUUGUACACUUGCCAAGGACGGUCGUCGAGUGCAUGUGAUUGAAAGGGACUUGACUGAGCCAGAUCGAAUAGUAGGUGAACUUCUACAACCAGGAGGCUAUUUAAAACUGAUGGAGUUGGGUCUUGAAGAUUGUGUGGAUGGAAUUGAGGCUCAACAAGUUUUUGGCUAUGCCAUUUAUAUGGAUGGUAGAAACACCAAACUCUCUUAUCCUUUGGAAAAAUACGACGCCAAUAUAUCUGGAAGAAGCUUUCAUAACGGACGUUUUAUUCAACAGAUGAGGGAGAAAGCUGCAUCUCUUUCAAAUGUUAAACUGGAACAAGGGACUGUAACUUCAUUGCUCGAGAAAGAUGGAACAGUCGAAGGGGUGUGUUACAAAAGCAAGGAUGGGCAAGUGAUGACUGCAUACGCACCUCUCACCAUUGUUUGUGAUGGUUGCUUUUCCAAUCUACGUCGCUCUCUCUGCAAGCCUAAGGUAGAUGUGCCAUCUUGCUUUGUGGGUCUGGUGUUAGAGAACGUUGAUCUUCCAUAUGCAAACCAUGGACAUGUUAUCCUCGCGGACCCUUCACCCAUCUUGUUUUAUCCAAUUAGUAACACGGAGGUUCGUUGUUUGGUUGAUGUCCCUGGACAAAAGGUACCCUCCAUUUCCAAUGGUGAAAUGGCCAACUAUCUCAAAACUGUAGUAGCUCCACAGAUUCCACCUGAAUUAUAUAACGCCUUUGUGGCAGCAGUUGAUAAAGGAAACAUAAGAACAAUGCCAAACAGAAGCAUGCCAGCAGAUCCGCAGCCCACUCCAGGUGCACUUCUAAUGGGAGACGCAUUUAACAUGCGACACCCGUUAACCGGUGGAGGAAUGACAGUUGCUUUAUCAGAUAUAGUUCUUCUUCGUGACCUUCUCAGGCCGUUACGUGAUCUCAGCGAUGCGCCUACACUUUUGAAUUAUCUUGAGUGCUUCUACACUCUUCGGAAGCCUGUAUCAUCGACAAUAAACACGUUGGCAGGUGCUUUGUACAGAGUAUUUUGUGCAUCGCCUGAUCCAGCCAGGAAAGAAAUGCGCAACGCUUGCUUCGAUUAUCUGAGCCUUGGAGGCAUCUGCGCAGAAGGACCAAUCUCUUUACUUUCCGGACUCAACCCACGCCCACUGGUCCUGUUUUGUCAUUUCUUCGCUGUGGCUAUCUACGGUGUUGGCCGUUUGCUUAUCCCAUUCCCUUCACCAAAACGAUUAUGGCUCGGGGCUAGACUCAUCUCGGGUGCAUCUGGGAUCAUCUUCCCAAUUAUCAAGUCUGAAGGGGUUAGGCAAAUGUUCUUCCCUGCAACACUUCCAGCAUACUACAGAGCUCCUCAAGUUGCUUGACAUUAUCUGGUUAGAUCAUCAUCGAUCUUGAUCUCGAUCCCGAUCCUUAUAAAUAAAAUGUUUUUUGAAAUGUAUUUUGUAAUUAUUGUCCAUGAAAUGGCGUAUACCUUCCCUUUUUUAUUUUUUUAUAAAUGUAUGAAUCAUAAAUACUUUCUUUAAAUUUGCAAAUUGCAACUAAUUAAUGUGAUGGCCUGUUUUUUAAGCUAA